GCGUGCCCGGGGGUGGGGGAUUCUCUUCUCCCGCGCCGCAGCCGCCUGAGUCUGGCUGUAGAGAUUGAGAGCGGCCGCCAUGGGGGUGGAAGGUUGCACCAAGUGCAUCAAAUACCUCCUCUUCGUUUUCAACUUCAUCUUCUGGCUGGCAGGGGGCAUCAUCCUGGGAGUGGCCCUGUGGCUUCGGCAUGACUCACAGACGACGAAUAUCCUCUACCUGCAUCUGGGCGAGAAGCAGGCCCCUAACACCUUCUAUGUCGGAAUCUACAUCCUCAUUGCGGUUGGAGCUGUGAUGAUGUUUGUGGGGUUCCUGGGAUGCUACGGCGCUAUUCAGGAGUCUCAGUGCCUUCUGGGAACGUUCUUCACUUGCCUGGUGAUCCUGUUUGCCUGCGAAGUUGCAGCUGGAAUCUGGGGAUUCGUCAACAAAGACCAAAUAGCCAAAGAUGUGAAGCAGUUCUACGAUCAAGCAUUUCAACAAGCGCUCAUGGCAGAGUCAGACGCAAACAAUGGCAAAGCUGUGGUGAAGACCUUUCAUGAAACGCUGGACUGCUGUGGUCCUGAUAAUGUAAUAGGAGCUACCGCUCCCCUGUGGAGAGAAGACCUCUGCUCAAGAAAGGACUCCAUCCUGAAAACCUUUGAGACUGUCAACUGCCACAAAAAAAUUGAUGAGCUGUUCUCCGGGAAGCUGUAUGUGAUCGGUAUUGUUGCCAUCGUAGUCGCCGUGAUCAUGAUCUUUGAAAUGAUCCUGAGCAUGGUGCUAUGCUGCGGCAUAAGGAACAGCUCCGUCUACUGAGCCGUGAGAGACGGGGAGGGGAAGGGGGGAGCAGGGCAGAUGGCGCUAGAGGGGACUCCAAGUGCCACCAAGUGACCAUGAGACAUUUCAACAAAAGACAAAGAAAACUAUGUAUAUAAAUACUUCCAUAUUACCGUACAGUACUCACCGUUUUUAUUUUGAAGUACUUUUUUUUUAAUAAAUGAAACUCUCCCAUAUCCUUGUGGCUGAAUUAGUUACACAUCAGUUUUGUGUGAUGGGGAAAACAGCUGUAGCAGGAGAUGAGUCCUUCCUCCCUCUUCCCCACCCUUUGUAAUUCAGAAAUAAUACUGGCGGAAGAUGUACAGAGGAAAAAGCUGCAGCCUGUUACCAGAAAACUUUGCCUUGAUUUUUACUCUCUUUUUCAAUCCCAACUUUUUUUUAUAUACAUAAUUGGAUGCUGAAGCAGAAUUUAGCAUUUUUGUUCAUUUGUACUCAUCUUUUCCUAGCAUUGCCCCACCUCCCUGGGAGAGUGGAGAACAAAUAGCCCCUGUCGCCUCCACGCAAUGUGUUCCAGGGUAAACGCAGAUGUAUUGUUCCUCUCCAACCUGUUUGUAUUAAUAUGCCAAUUCGUAACAGAAGUCAUUCUUAAAUUUUACUCUCUGAUGAGUGGGAAUGUCUUUGGCUUUUGGGAUUUUUUUAUUGGAUUUUGGUUGUUUGGUUUUUUUGGGUUCAGCUAUAACUUUAUAAAUUGGCUCAUUUUCAUUGAUUCACUAUAUUGAAGGGUCAGUGUCUAGGGGUGAAUUUUAGUUCCAGUUUUUCAAAUAUAAAAAAAAAAAAUUGGGUCACUUUUAACCUUCUUCAGUGUUAUUUUAUAAACGUGUUUUGGGGGGAGUCUGGUUGUGUACUAAGUUUCUGCUGUUAAGCUAAUUCUUGCAUACGAAUGAUAUUGGAUAAAAGAGGAAACCUUUUUUUUUAAAAAAGAAGUCCUCAACCUUAGAAAUCCUGCAUUUACGUAUUGCAGGAUGAUGCUUGGGGGUUCCCAGCCAUAUGCAUAUGUGUUUAAAAUAUCAUCUUUGCAUCACUCUCUUGUGUAGUUUUCCUUGCUUAUAUUGUUGCACACUGUAAUAUUGCUGGGAAAUUGUCAUAACCUGAUCUGGGGAGAAAAUAAAACAGUUUAUUUUUAAGACCUUCCAUUUACAUCAAUGGCAGGAGAUAAGCUUAUCAGAGCAAGGGAAUUGAGGAUUUUGGAUUGUACCAGGUGAAACACUUUCUUGUAGCCUGGUAAGCUUUGAUUGCUAAUUCAAUGUACGUGGCUUCUGUUGUAUGCCACUCCACUACCAUGUAGAUAGAGGGGGAGAAUAACCCAGGAGCUAUGUAAUAAAAUCAGAGUAUCUCUAAAAAGAUGAUCUAUAUGUAUAGUUCUAUAGAUAUAUAUUUUUAAGCAAAGCCUUUUCCUUAGCCAUACAAGCACUUGAGCUGGAAAUUAUAGUAUCUCUUAGCUCUCUGCCACCUCGAAGCAGAUGAGCAGAGGAAAUGAAACCAGUGAUCACCAUCCCCACUUCAGGAAUAUUUCUGUUUUCUGAAAGUAUUUCACUCUCCCCCUUCAUUGCAACAAAGAGCUUUAGAUAGGAUAGGGAGCGAGACCUGUGGUUAUUUUAAAUGAGUAUCUUAUCCACUGCACAUGGCUGCCAUGGCCUUUGCCACUACAGGAUAUGAAAUUCCCGCACUGGGGUAAACUGAUCCAUUCGGAGGCUUCCCUCCCCUUCCCCCCCCCCCCCCCUUCCUCUUCCUACCUUUUAGUAUACAGGGCCUUUAAAAAGCAUAUAGGUAAAAAAAAAAAAAUAUAUAUAUAUAUAUAUCUCAAGUCGUGCUGGAUAAGAGGAGGAAGUGCUUUAGCAUUACUUCAGAUUGAGGGGUUGGACAUAAAAAGAUUCAGCCUUAGAAAUAGCCUUAAAGCAACACUGCCCUGAAUGUCCACACUGUGCACAUCAAGAAUGAGACGAGUUUUGCAGUAGGUGACACCUUCCCAGUUCCCCAGUGUAGCUCCUUCGGGUUAUGUACUCUGUUCUGUGGCUAUAUGUAUAUGCAUCAACCAAGCAUGGGUGUUUACAUAUAUGUGCAUUGGGAUUGUUAGCAUACAGAAUGGAUGUGUAACUUGCCGCCUUUUUUGUUGAGUGUUGAUAAAUGUAUAUAAAUAUGCCAUUAAGCAUUUCAA